AAAAAAGAUUAGGCGCUGAUGCUAACAUUAGACUAUCCACCAAAUCAACGGCGACAAUUGACAAAGACCUUCGUCAUAUUUUAUGUUAUGAUCAUCCAUUUGCAAAUUAUACAGCAAAAAAACUAAAACCCAGUUUCCGUUGAAGUUACCGCCAUUGUUUUGGCUAAGAAAAACACUGUUUUUUUAAGCAACAAGCUACUGAUUCAAAGAGGUGAGCAGAUUUUGCUCAUUAAAAAAAAAAGAAAAAAAGAGGUGAGUAGAGUUAGGAAAUGGAGGGAGGAGUGAAAGUUGACAAAUGGGGCUACGAGGUGAGGACCUCUUCAGACGCUUGCAUAUCUGCCAUCGACGAUUUCUAUGACCAGGUGUUGAGUUAUGGGAGAGAUAGGUCGGUGAUAUUGGAGGCACCGUCACAUGACAAGGACUGCGUGCUUGCUAACAUCUUGGCUGCCCAUUUUCUCUGCUCCUCUGAUCCUUCUCGAGCUCCUUCUCAUCUCCAAGCCGCCAAGUCUCGGCUGGAACAAGCUACUCAAUACGAGAAAGCAGUUUUUGACGCUGUCAAUUGUUUGAUUUCUGAGAAUAGAGAUGAUGAUGUUGCUGUUGAGUUGCAUUCUAAGCUCUUGAAAAGUUUCCCUAAAGAUUUGGUCUCUCUGAAAAGGGCCCAAGUGCUCUGCUUCUACAUGGCUCGACCUGAUCUGUCAUUGGAUCUUGUUCAACAGGUUCUGCCCAAUAAUGAACAAGAAAAUUACAUCUAUGGCAUGCUUUCGUUUCCUUUAUUGGAACUUGGCCGGAUGACAGAAGCUGAGAAAGCUGCAAAAAAGGGAUAUGAGAUCAACAAGCAAGACUGCUGGGUGCACCAUAACUUGUGCCAUGUUCUUCAGUAUGAUUGCCGUUUUAAAGAAGCAGUAGAGUUUAUGAAAGAGUGCUCAUCCUCAUGGGAUUCUUGUUCGUCAUUUAUGGUCACACACAAUUGGUGGCAUGUAGCUCUUUGUUAUUUAGAAGGCCAUUCUCCAAUCCAAACAGUCCUAAAUGUAUAUGACCAUUGUAUCUGGAAGGAGUUGGAGAAACCUGAUGCUGCAUCUCCAGAGGUGUACUUGAAUGCCCUUGGGUUGUUGUUACGCGUGCAUGUCCGGGGUGAAAUAGAUGCCUUUGAGGACCGUUUGAAGACCCUAGCAAAUUGCGUGACUGAUCAAGCCAACUGGUAUUUAGAGUGGCAUCUUGACGUGUUAAUUUUAUGGGCCUUGGCUAAUACUGGUGAGAUUUCAAAGGCAGAAGAUUUGCUCAAGGGCUUGACGUCCAGGAUUGCUAAGAUGAAGAAGAAGAAGCAACAGCUAAUGCAGAGACCAAUACAGCUUGCAGAAGCCUUGUACGAGUAUGGGAGGGGUAAUGAAAAACAAGCAUUGGAAUUGCUCGGUCCUGACUUCGAUGCUGAUGACUGCAAGAUGGUUGGGGCCUCAGGUGAACAGCUUGAUAUAUUCAAUGAAGUCUGGUACUGUAUGUUGCUUAAAAAUGGACAAGCCGCAAAAGCAAUCGAAGUGAUUGAGAAGCGGAUAAAAACAAGAGAAGGGAUCCCUUUCCUUUGGCGCCUGCUGGAGAGGGGCUAUAAACUGACAGGCAGGGAGGAGGCUGCAAUUGCAAGUGCGAAAGCCAAGCUUUUGGAGACUGCAUAUUUCCCAUAACCAGUAAGAUCACAGCCAACCAAAUUAAGGUGUUGUACAUGUAAUGUAACAAAUAAGGACACAAGCAAAUUUCCACAUCUUGUAACACGAACAAAUAUGUACAUUUGAUGUUCAAAUAAAAUCAGUCUAUAGUUUCCUUAACUUGGAAACAAUUUAUGUUUUUC